AUGACAUCAAAACAACGAAUAACGGCUUCUACGACAGUUUCUUCGGAUGAGUGCAUUUAUACGUGGACGAUCAAGAAAUACCGUUCAAUGAAGUUAGAAGUUGGAAAAUCAAUAGAAUCCCCGAAAUUUGGCGUUGGAAGUGAUAAUGUACAAUACUUUCAGUUGGAGUUAUUCCCUGAAGGAAAUGCUACGGAAUAUGCAGGAUACAUGUCGUUAUAUCUCAAUCCUAUAAAUAUUUCAGAAGACGAACCAGAUAAGCUCGUAUGCAGGUGGACAAUAUCAGUUAUUAAUGAUAAAAAAGUUGUUUUUAGAGACACAUGUCAUUACGAUUUUACUCCAGACUUUCAAGGCUACGGUUGGCCAGAAUUUUAUAAAGUGGAAAAUGUUGACCAAUUAAUAUCCUCUGAGAAUACUGUAACUAUUCAAUGUGAAUUAGAAAUGUUCACUGGGUGUGAAUCUUCAUUGAAUUCAGAACUCAUCUACAGUAAAAAUGAAACAGUCGAUAGAAUGAAAUUUGAUUUUUCAUUUCUUAGUGAAGAACUCAGUGAUGUUAAAUUGAAAAGUGAUGAAUAUGAAAUUCCGGCACAUAAAAUUAUACUUGCAACAGCCAGUCCUGUAUUUAGAGCCAUUUUUACAAAUAAAAAAGCAAAAAAAAAUUUUGAUUCUAUUGUGAUAACUGAUAUUCCUUACAAUAUUCUAGUUGAUGUGUUGAAAUAUAUUUACACUGGUGAUAUUGUAAGUACCAAAACAGAUGUAAUUUUGCAAAUUUUACCAGUGGCUGACAAAUAUAAAAUUGACGGUUUGAAAACCAAGUGUGAAAAAAUAUUGAGUGCAGAUUUGUCCACUGAAAAUGUCAUAAAAACUUUAAUAGCUGCUCAUAAACACCAUUUAAAGCGUUUAGAAACUAAAGUAAUAAAGUUCAUCACAAAUCACACAGAACUAAUUUCAAAUUCUGAAAAAAUUACGGAAAUAGAUGAUCCUGAUAUAUUAGUGAAUUUAAUCCAAUCACUUAUCAAAUCGCAACAAGAUUAA